AUUCAUCUCCGCAUGACAUACCAUUCUUGAAUUUCACUCGGACCACAAAUGCAAUUGUUCUCUGCUCUGCUCCUCACUGCUUCUGCUGUAGUCGCCCAGGAGGCUGGCACAACUCCAGCUCCGACUCCGGCUACAACGGUGGGCUGUGGUAGUUUGGCCCGUUGCUUGACCGAUGCUGGGGAGUUCACUCAAUGUUUCAACCCUGCACGGGCGGGGUGCUGCGACGGGUCGGUCUAUUUCCUGUGGAAGACUUACGAUGGCAACCACGAAAUAUUCCAAUUUUGCUGCCACGAUGCCCAAGGUCAUGGGUACUCAAAUGACACAUGCCCUGUGGCCACGACCACCACCGUAGCUCCGUUAACCACGACCACCACCGCAGCUCCGUUAACCACGACCACCACCGCAGCUCCGUUAACCACGACGACGACAUCAAAGCCAGGAUCGACAACCACGAAGCCACCGAUCAAUACAUCAACUGCACCGCCAACGACAACGUCGUCCACGAUCACGUCACCCCCUUCGACUACCUCAACCACCCCAUCCAGCUCGGAACCGCAAGUCACAGAAACCUCGACCCCAGCGACGACCACGCAAGCUCCGACGACUACCAGGCCGACCACUACCGCCCCGUCAGGUGCACCUGCUCAAAGCGUGGCCAUCCUAGUCGUCGCUGCUGUGGUGGCUACGGUGAUGCUUUAGUUCACAUCAUCGCUUUAUUUCAAUUAUAUUAACACUUGCAUUCAGUCGUGUUCGCACUUGGA